AUGUUCUCUUCAACUGUCCUUCUCAGCGGCCUGGUCGCCUCUGUCCUCGCAGCCCCAGCUCUUGAGCCUCGUGCCAGCUGCACUUUCACCGAUGCCGCUACUGCCAUUAAGAACAAGGCUGGCUGCUCUACUAUCAUCCUCAACAACAUUGCCGUUCCUGCCAAGACCACUCUCGACUUGACCAAGCUCAAUGAUGGCACUCACGUCAUCUUCCAGGGCAAGACAACUUUCGGCUAUGCCGAAUGGGAGGGCCCUCUCAUCUCCUUCACCGGCAACAACCUUCUGAUCGAGGGCGCUUCUGGACACUCCAUCGACUGCGAGGGUAAGAGAUGGUGGGACGGUAAGGGCAGCAACGGCGGCAAGACAAAGCCCAAGUUCUUCAGCGCCCACUCCCUCAAGAACUCCAACAUCAAGAACUUGAACGUUCUCAACACUCCUGUCCAGGCUUUCAGCAUCAACAGCGUUACCAACCUGGGCGUUUAUGGCGUUCACAUGGACAACUCUCUCGGCGAUUCUCUUGGUGGACACAACACCGAUGCCUUCGACGUUGGCUCCUCUACCGGCGUGUACAUCUCCGGAGCUGUCGUCAAGAACCAGGACGAUUGCCUCGCCAUCAACUCCGGCACCAACAUCACCUUCACUGGCGGUAACUGCAGUGGUGGCCACGGCCUCUCCAUCGGAUCCGUCGGUGGACGCUCUGACAACACCGUCAAGACCGUCCGCAUCCUCAACUCUGCCAUCUCCAACUCCGACAACGGCGUCCGCAUCAAGACCGUUUCUGGCGCUACCGGUUCCGUUUCUGACGUCAAGUACGACACCAUCACUCUCUCCAACAUCGCCAAGUACGGUAUCGUCAUUGAGCAGGAUUACGAGAACGGUUCUCCCACUGGAACCCCUACUGCUGGUGUCCCCAUCACCGAUGUCACCAUCAACAAGGUCACCGGAACUGUCAAGUCUAGCGGAACUGAUGUCUACAUCCUUUGCGCCAACUGCAAGAACUGGACCUGGACCAACAACAAGGUCACUGGUGGAAAGACCUCUACCAAGUGCAAGGGUAUUCCCUCUGGUGCCUCUUGCUAA